UUUCAUUUCCAAUAAAGGGUUGCGUCGAUUUUAUUCUGCGGAAAAUAUUUGUUACAUGUUAUUUAGUUGAUAACUAAUCUAAAAUAUAUGUGUAUAUACUUGUUUUCUCGUACGUAACUAGCCAUGUCUCAAGCUAUCUUCUUCAACAAUCCUCAUCAAACAGCUGUUUAUUUGUAAAGGCCGUUCCAACAACAAUUAUGUCGUGUUAAGUGAAAAGGGACCCUUCAGGGGGUCUGGCUUGGCCAUACCUCCCAGGAUCUGACCAUAUCUACGUUGUACCUGUGUGCUGUACAUAUUGUGUUGAAAAUAUUUUUAUUACUUAAUAGAAGAUAAUUCUUACUAUAAGUUGGUUUAAAAGUGACAAAAAUGAGUAAGAUAGAAGUAGAUUGCACAAAGAAAUGCAACUCUCGCCUUCAUGGCCAGGCGUUGACGAUUGCCAUAACCAAGAGAUCUGUCAGUGAUGAGUCUCUCGCCAGCUUUAUCAAAAGCACCUGUGCUAAUUUCGCUAAAGCUUUUGAUUUUGAGGGUCGCACUGCUCUGCAUAUGGCCGCAUCACGAGGUAGAAGUGGGCUAAUGCAAUGGCUUGUACGUCACUCCUCUGAUGCUUUCAUCAAUGCACGCGACCGGGAGUCAGGGUACACUCCGUUGCACAGAAGUAUAUUUUAUGGGCAGAUUCACUCUGCUGUUGCUUUGAUGAAACUAGGAGUAAACACCGAUAUAGUAGACAAGGAUGACUACAAGGCGCUAGAACAUGCUAUGCUGGAUAAACAUUACAUGUGGAAAGCUGACGGAUCGCAGCCGUGUGAUGCCUAUGUCUGGGGGAGCAACUCCAACUAUACUCUGGGCACGGGCUCCCAUCAGCCCCGACAGAUCCCUGAGUUGCUGAGCUGCUUUAGUCGCACCAAUGGGAAUGUUAAACAGGUGUGCCUCGGCAAGUUUCACAGCAUCUGGGUGUGCGACGGGGACGUAUACUGUGCGGGUCAACCUGCACGCGCGGGUGGGCCGCACGCCACCGCCCUCCGGCCCAUACUGCUGCGUCUGACGGAGCCCUGCGCCGAUGUCGCCAUUACCCUGACGUCUACGGUGUUCCUGAUGCAGAGUGGCGCGGUCCUCCAAUACUCUCUCAACAACACGGACACGGUAUCAUCCACGAAAAACCCCACCACAAUCAAGUUGCCGUCCGUCAAGCCGCUUAUCAAGCUAUCGUGCCCGCUCGGCGUGCGUACGGGACGCUCGCACGCGGUCUUGUGGAACGAACGAGCUAUAUACACGUGGGGACAAAAUAUGGGACAGUUGGGUCAUCCGCAGGAAGAGAAAAUUGUCCCCGGGCCUAAGAGGGUGGCGAUAUCACUUAACAUCAAGGAGGAAGCCACCAUACAGCUAGUGGACGCUUGCGACGCCGCCACGGUGCUGACCACCAGCCGCGGCGACGUUUACCUGCUGCACAAGUACCUCGUCAAGAAGAUCGCCGUCAAGCAAAUAAACAUACGCCAAGUGUGCGUAGAGGGCAAAGUGAGCGAGCAGGGCGCGUACUCUCGCGUGACCGUGCUGCUGCUGACCAACGUGGGACAGCUCAUGAUAUGGCAGGACACCACCCAGCGGCUUACUAGAUGCAUCUUCGGCCUAAACCACCAAGUCGACGUCACCCACGUCGCUCUAACUCACGACGCGCUCUAUUUUACGACGAAAUACGGCGAGGCGUUCAUUGGUCACAUAUCCCGCAAGACCACGCCCCCCGCGCCGCAGCCAAUCAGGAAAGAGAGGGAGAGAGACAACAAAUCGGCGCUAGUGAAAUUUUUAGAAAAGGACGACUGUACUUCUGUGCGCAUUACUAAAAUACCGAAUAUACACCGCGCCACUGCGAUCGUGGUUGAUGGAGAGGGAUUGAAUUUCGCGUGCUUGCAGAUGAAGCCUACCUGCGGUCUGACGUCACUCCCGGACCUGUCACCGUCGAGCCUGGCCAAGCACAUGGCGACCCUCAUGGAGACAGCCGCCGAUGAUGAUAUACUGCACGAUGUUGUGUUCCAGGUCGGAACCAAAGUCUUCCCAGCGCACAUAUUCAUCGUAGCUUCAAGCAGUGAAUACCUAUACAAGUUGUACCAGGACGCACGGACGGACGGCAAGACCACGGUUGUAUUAGAUAACGUGCACCCAGAUGUCUUCGAGAGGAUUCUCAGAUAUAUGUAUACGGGUACAUGUGAUGUAGCCGAGUUGGGGCCGUGCGGACUCAAGAUAAGGAAAGAAGAUCUGAGUGACUUGAAAAAGAAAGGGAAGGAAGAUGAUGAGACGGAGUUUAUAGAGAACGCAUCCGAGAUAUCCGCAUUCGAGGUGUACAAGCGGGACAAGCGCCGGCGGGCCCCACCGCCAGCCGCUCGCACGCUGGACGCGGUCAAGUGCGUGCAGGCCGCCGCCAAGCGUCUACACGUGAUGACGCUGCACAAACUACUCGACAAGUUCUAUUACCGAGACGGCAUAGUAUACCUCAAGGAGAGUGCCACAUACACCAAGACCCCGCUGACUUGGAACCGCGAGAGUCUCCCAGAGCUGGUCGAUACGAAUGUGUGCUCUAAAGACGGUGUGCUCAUACCCGCGCAUAAGUGUGUAUUGGCUGCCAGGCUGGAGUACUUCCAUGGCAUGUUCAUACAUUCCUGGACUGAGAGCAAAAUAUUAUCAACAGUUACUCUGCCAGUAAACCAUGGUAUUCUACUGCCCGUAAUAGAUUUCCUCUACACCGAUAAAUGCCCAGAAAUCGAAACAUCAGAUAGCAUUGAUUUCAUUUGCAGCAUGCUUAUUGUAUCCGAUCAGUUGUUUAUAAGUCGACUGCGAGAAAUGUGUGAGAUUGCGCUAGCUAACUUGAUUACAUUGAAAAACUGCACUGAGCUAUGUCAAUUUGCACACACAUACAACGCCGCACAGCUAAAACAAUGCUGCAUGGAAUUCAUAGCUCUAAACAUAAACAAUAUCCUUGAAAACAGAUCUUUGGAUUUACUAGAAGAGGUUUUACUUGAAGACAUAUCAAAAUAUUAUUGUAAAUUCAAUCCCAUAAUGUCUUCGAGAGUUAUCACUCCAUUUUACAAUUCUCCAUCUGAUGAUAUCAUUGAUGAGCAUGUUAAAACGUGUCCGGUAGAUCUAGAUUAUGUCGAUGAGGAUUUUAAGAAGGACAUAAGUAUCGGGGAAAAGGAAAGUAAUAAAAAAAAGAAGCAAAAGAAAAUUGAGUAUACCGAAAGUGAAAAGGCAAGAAUGAGAUAUGAAUCAGUAAGUUCGGUUACAUCUUUAGAUUUAUCUAAUGAUACCUCUGGGGAUGUGACUCUAUCUCUCAGUUCCAUAUCUACUGAGGAGAAAGAUAAAACAAAAGGAAAAGAUAUAGAGAAGUGGACAAAGAUCCCAACGCAACAGCAGAAGCAGCAGAAAGUUGUACAAGCACGGUUAAAAGCUAUAUCAUCCGCUAAGGAUAUAAUGAACGAAACACCUACAAAUUCAUUCACAAAACUAAUCAAGAAUAACUCUAGUGCCAUAUCUGAACCCGUAACCCCCACUAGUUCCAACAUGACCUCACCAAAAGAUACUAAGGCCUGGGGCCAGGGAAAUCUCAUAAUCAAUCAUGUAGGUCCAAAGUUAUCGCAGAAACAAAGAAAGAAAUUGGCGUCCGAAAAUGAGAAUUCUACCCUUACUUUGGACGAUUAUUUAGCUGAUAAACUUACUAUAGGCAGCCCUCCUGACAAACCUAAAAACCCCUGGAAGAUAUGUGAGCAUCCCGUUGCAAGCAGUAGCCCAAAUAAAUCGAAAUCAAUUGAAUUCAAUAAAAUACUUGCCGACCAGAAAAAGCAGAAGGAUGACUCCUCUAGAAUAAUGACAAAACCUCUUGCACUUACUCAGCUUGAAGACAAAGCCAUAGAAGAAUUGGAGAGAUUCUACAAUAUACAUGAAAUUGACGAUGAGCUGAUCAGUGUGAGGAGAAUUGAGCUGCAGGUGUCUUCACCACAAUGGAUCAACACUGCCUCAAAGUGAUAAAUUAUGAGCUAUUUUAUAAUAUUUACAUACAAUGUACUAGAAUAUUCUAUUUAAUACAUGUGAUGACAAU